AUGACCGGAUACGCAAGCCCACCGCAGUUCGAGGAAGCUACGGACCACUGGCCGGCAUAUCUAGUGGGGCUAGAAGCUUUGUUCGAAGGCAACGGCACCACGGAAGAAAAAAAGAAGCGAGCAUUGCUCGUAGCAGGGCUGAGCACUCACACAGUGGCCGUCGUUAGUGGACGCUACGCGCCAACAAAGCCGGUUCCAGCCAUGGCUGCCGCCCGCAUACAACGGUGGGCCCUCCAGUUGAGCACCUACUCCUACAUCGUGAAGUUCAAGGACGGCAAGGCGAAUGUUCCGGCUGAUGCACUCAGCCGCCUGCCACGGGCAGCGCCUUCCGAGGAAGUGUCCGGAGACGAGGACGGCGCCGGACAAACGCCGGCUAUACUCCUGAUGGGGCGUGAGCUACGCUCCCGCUUAGAUAACUUGUUGCCGUCAGAAACAGAGCGUUACAGUUACCCUUUUGCCAGUGAUUUCUUGCAGAAGGAUAAACCAAUUUGGGUGCGAAACUACGGUUGCCUCGGAGACCUAUGGAGUGAAGCACGUGUCCAAACAACAGAGGGGUCUUGUAUGGUGACUGCCGAGGGACCGGAGGGUGAACUAAUGCGACGGCACUUGGACCAAGUGCAACCGCGUGUGGUGGUGCAGGACUCGGAGCAAGUGCAGCCACGUCUCUCAGCCAGAGGCGACAGAGUCGUCGACAAGACCGCUAGUGCGAAUACGACGGAUGAGACCACAACCCUGGAACUACGAAGGUCAACGCGUUCGAGACGUCCCCCUGACAGGUUCUCUCCAUAA